AUGCUCCACAACUUUUUGCUUUCGGCCGGCUCGGGUCUCGUGCUCGCGUUGAUGUUGGAGGAGGUCAGUGCCGCCUCCUGAAAGGCGACGUGCCUGACAACUCGGACUCGGACCACCCUGACGAUCUUUGCGCCCAUCUUCGCCCGAUUCAACAGGUUCUCCCCAUUCUCUACCAACACGGGUUCUUCUACGCCAUCUGCCACACCUCGGCGUGGACCUCUAGGCUCGAGACCUACUACAUCAUCAAUUACCUCGUAAGCUCGGCGACAUUUCCGCCUGAGCAUUAUAUGUGUUUGGGCCGCUGCUAAUCAGGUGCGCUUGCCCCGUUCCCUUUGGCCUCGUGUACACCACAGUUCAAGUGUGAGUCUAUCAUGCUCUGUACGCUUUCACGAACCAAUCGAACUUAACACUAAUCUCGUGACCCUCAACCAUCACCAGACUGGGAACUCGCCGACACGGUCUUCCUCGUCGUCAAGAAGAAGCCGCUCCAGUUCCUCCACGUCUUCCAUCACACCGCCACCGCCGCCCUGUGCUACACCCAACUCAACGGCCGAACCUCGGUCUCGUGGGUCCCCAUCGCUGCCAACUUGACCGUCCAUGUCUUGAUGUGAGUUGCAAGUAUGGAGGCUUGCUCAACACCGCCGAGCGAACGUGCAACUAACGUCGAAAACUUUGUCUCGCGCGUGUGCAGGUACUACUACUACCUCAUGACUGCGGCCGGCUACAAGAUCUGGUGGAAGAAGUACUUGACGACGCUCCAGAUCACUCAAUUCGUCGUCGAUCUCUUUGUCGUCUACUUUGCUUGUGAGUCUGCACCUCGCUUGAGGAGUGCUUUCAACGGCGGUCUUGAGAGCUGAUUCCGUAUCCCCACCUCCUCAAGCCUACUCCUACUUCACGGCCGAGUACUUCCCUUCGUUCCCUACUUAUGGCUCGUGCGCCGGUACAGAAGGUGCCGCCGCGUUGGGCUGCGGUCUCCUCACCAGCUACUUGUUCCUGUUCAUCGUAAGCGUGGUUUGUUUUGUGAUACAAGGCCGGCCAUGGAUGUCUGAUUUCUCGCGAAUAACAUCACAGGCUUUCUACAAGAAGACGUACAACCAACAGGCGGCCAAGAAGAACGCUCUGGUAGCAGCCAAGAAGGUCGCGGCGGUGCCCACUCGCAACAUUGCCGAGUUCAAGAAGAAGAACUAG